CGCCGCCUCCGGGCCCGUCCCGCCGGGCGCGGCCAGCCCGUCCCGGAGCCAGGCCCGCGGGCGGCGGCGGCGGAGGAGCUGGGCGGGUGGCUGCGGCUGGAAGAUGGCGCCCUCGGGCCCGGGCGGCGGCCGGCGGCGGUGCCGGCGGGUGCUGUACUGGAUCCCGGUGCUGUUCAUCAGCCUCCUGCUCGGCUGGUCCUACUACGCCUACGCUGUGCAGCUGUGCGUCGUGUCCAUGGAAAACAUUGGUGAACAAGUUGUGUGCCUGAUGGCUUAUCAUCUACUUUUUGCAAUGUUUGUCUGGUCGUACUGGAAAACUAUCUUUACGUUACCAAUGAAUCCUUCAAAAGAAUUCCAUCUCUCUUAUGCAGAGAAAGAGUUGUUGGAGAGAGAGCCCAGAGGAGAAGCCCAUCAGGAAGUUCUUAGGCGAGCAGCCAGAGACCUUCCCAUCUAUACCAGGACCAUGUCUGGAGCAAUCCGAUAUUGUGACAGAUGCCAACUUAUAAAACCAGAUCGCUGCCAUCACUGUUCUGUCUGUGAUAAGUGCAUUUUGAAGAUGGAUCAUCAUUGCCCGUGGGUGAACAAUUGUGUUGGAUUUUCAAAUUAUAAAUUCUUCCUCCUUUUCUUGGCUUAUUCUCUGCUGUACUGCCUUUUUAUUGCUGCUACAGAUUUACAGUAUUUUAUCAAAUUUUGGACAAAUGGCCUACCUGAUACUCAAGCCAAGUUCCAUAUUAUGUUUUUAUUCUUUGCUGCAGCUAUGUUUUCUGUCAGCUUGUCUUCUCUGUUUGGCUAUCAUUGUUGGCUAGUCAGCAAAAAUAAAUCUACAUUAGAGGCAUUCAGAAGUCCAGUAUUUCGACAUGGAACAGAUAAGAAUGGAUUCAGUCUGGGUUUUAGUAAAAACAUGAGACAAGUUUUUGGGGAUGAGAAGAAGUACUGGUUGCUACCCAUUUUUUCAAGUCUAGGUGAUGGCUGCUCCUUUCCAACUUGCCUUGUUAACCAGGAUCCUGAACAACCAUCUACUCCUGCAGGACUGAAUUCAACAGCUAAAAAUCCCGAAAACCAUCAAUUUCCUGCAAAGCCAUUGAGAGAGUCUCAGAGCCACCUUCUUACUGAUUCUCAGUCCUGGACAGAGAGCAGCACAGACCUGGGAAAAGGCAGAGCUGGUCUGAGCAAUCCUGCAUUAACCAUGGAGAAUGAGACUUAAAUCUUCAAGCAAAAUACAUUCAUAGUUUAUAAGAGUAUCAAUGCUGUAGAUGGAUGGAAGAGGCUUCCCACAGGAAGGCGCCAUAGGCCUUUGGCUGGAUAUGCAGAAUGUGGAUUGAUGAGUUCUACUCAAGCCACUGAUUAAAACACAAUGCAUUUUUGACCUAAUAUACAGAUUGUUAAAACUAACACAAAUUCCUAUUAAAUGUUAAACGUAAUUAUGGUGUAUGAAUCAAGGGGGACCAUAUCUUCUAUCAAAAACUUGAAAUAAACUCAUGGGCCAGUUUUCACCUGAAUAUUUGGGUAGCACAAUUUAGCACAUAAAAAACCCUUUAAUCAUCUGAUUUUCUGAUUCAGGAAAUUGAGACUACUAAGAUAUUGUUUAAGAUUUCAAAGAUUUCGAGUCACAUUAUCAUGGUGAGCUUUACUUGUGAAACCUAUUAGUUAUAUUUAAGAUAGCAGAGGUAGCAAAUUAACUUCUUUGUUUUUCCCUCUGAUAUGAAUCCAGCCUCAGACUGAGUGAACUGUAAUAACUCUGAAUUCAUUCCAAAGUCCAAGUGGCCUACAGUUGAAGAUCACCAUCCAUUUUUGCCAGACUUUAAUCUAAUUCUAGCCUUUGUUCCUUGCUGGAAAUACAUAUGACCAUUGAAGCCUGAGCUCACUGAUAAAGCAAUUGGCUAGAAAAUUUUUGCCAGAACAAAUAUGUUUCUAUAACAUCAGAAACAUAUUUUCAUCUCUUCUAAUCUCCUAAAUUGGGGGGAAGUCUACAAUGACAAUUACAGAGAUUGUUUUAUGACAUUCUUUCGUUGGUUUGGAUUUUAAAAAAUCUUUUUAGGUUAUUUCUCCUGUUGAAUGUAGAAAAAUAUUGAAUUUCUAUUAACAAGUCCUGAUAGGUCGAUGAAUUUAAUCCUCCAGUGAUAUCUAUAUUAUUUCUGUGUUUUCUCAUCAAAACUAUGACAGUUAAUAGAUAUGUGAGAAAAAGUAUAGUUUAAGAUUAAAUUAUGCAUCGCUUCUCGGCCUUUUGGCUAAGAUCAAGUGUAAGAUUAAAUUAUGCAAAUCAAACAGAAAUCAUAUACUUUUGGAAAUUUAGUUCAACAUGAACUACAUGGCGUGCUGUUUGGACAUUUAGGAUAAACUAAAGUGGUGUGUGUGUUCAUGCCAAAAUAUUCAGCUUCAGUAAACAUACCAAGAAGCUCUUGUGCCUUGUAUGCACUAUUUAAAAAAAGAAAAAAGUUUUAUUUUCUUUUUUAUUUGAAUGGUGUACAAGUUUUGUAAAUAUUAACAAUUAGAAUAAUAUGCUGUAUACUUUUUUUGGUAUUGGUUCUGAGAAUUUAAAAUAUAUUACCAUUUAAAAUGAAACAAUAAUUGGUAUUUAAUCAAAGAGAAAAUGGUAAUAAGCUUUCCAAAAUCUUUGUUAGACAAAAUUUUAAGACAAAAACUAGAAGACCAGAGGAUAAUGCAGUAAGAGAUCCUUUCAAUUACUCAUCCUUGCUAAAAAUAUAAAGAGUUUAUAUUAAAUGUGUUUCUGGAAGAACCAAUGUCAGUCAAGUCUAUUUCAUAGUUCAUAUGAGUGCACUUCUUUGAACAACAGGAUGGCAGUCUUUUUCAGAUUUUUUUUUAAAGCUAAAAAGUUUGAUCUGACAAUCUGCUUCAAGAAAUCUCAUAAGACAUGAUACUUUUUUUUUUUUUUUUUUAAAGUCAUUUUUCAUUACCUGAAGUGCCAGAAUGGAACCUGUAGCUACUGCUAGAAGUCUUAAGGGCAAAAGCAACAUGUGAUGUAUUAAGAAUUAUAUGCAGCCAGAUUUUUUGGCAAAGCACAGUACUAUAAGUUGUUUUCCUGGACAGAAUUCUGUUAGGUAUUCCCUUUUGCCAGACUGGAAGCUAAGAAAAAAAAAUUUUUUUUUUAUCCUUUACCCUGCUAGAGUACUGUUAAUUUCUCCUCCUUUAGGUCUUUUAUGUAAUUACUUAAAUACAUAAGUCAAUACACAUUAGAAUCAGAUUUGAAAAAGUUUAAAAAAAUAAAAAAACUUUGUAUUGCUAUAAUGGUUCCCUUUCUGUUUUCAUACAGUGAAUAGUUUUUUUGUUUUGUUUUUAACAGUAGGGGGUUAUAAUUUUUGGAGAUAGCCGUAUAUCUCAUUAGAUCUGCAGUAUAAAUAUUACCUGAGUGAACAGAGCACCAAAUAAAUAGACCUGCAUUUUGUACAUAUUAAUAAAAUGUACCUCAAAAAUAUUUUAAGCAUUUUACUUAAAAAAUUGAAUGGUUUAACUCAAACUUGAAGACACAUAUUUUGACUCUCCUGAUUGUCCAGUGAACUGAUAAUUUCGAUUUUUCCUGUUUUUAGAGAUUUUACUGUAUCAAGAUUUAAGAAACUUUUCAUUUAAAAAUACUGUACAGAUACUUCAUAUACAUUAGGUAACUCUUAUUGUGUAGAAGAGGAUUGUUUUUCCAAGAUAAAGAAACCUUGCAUCUAAAUACAAUGACAAGGCCUUCCAGGAAAUGCAUAUCAAAUUCACUCCUGAUGUACCCCUAGCAAAGUGGUUGACCACCUUCGCUAGCUGUCUAUACGAAAUUGCCUUUGCAUAGACAAUAUAAAUUAUUUUAAAGAUACACUUUUCCUAAUAACCUACCAGAACUACUAAUUGCAAAAUUCAUGUCUACAAUGUGUCAUAACAUAGGUCUUUGGCGUAUGGGAGUGAGAGGAUGAGGUAAUUACUCAUUAGUAGUUAAAUGAUUCUGAGGAGAAUUAGAAACAAGACUAUGAAAUUCAAGUACACUGUAAUCAGUAGACAACAACUGGAACUAUCUUCAUUAGGGUCAUCGAAUGCUAAGGAUUUAUAAACCAUGCUUCUAAAAAUGUAAGCUAGCAAUCAUGUCAUUCAUGCUUCAGGAAAAAUGAAAAAAGUGUUACUCCGUUAUAUUAUAUACUAGCAGAUUUUCCUUAUUUUGAAAUACAUGUAAACUUGCUGGCCUGA